AUGUGGCUCUCCCUUGCCUCGGCCGUUCUCCUGGCACCUACUGUGCUCUGUCACAGCUACUUUAAUCCUAUUCUUCCCGGUUGGCACUCGGACCCAACCUGCGCUCACGUCCCCGAGCAAGGCACCACCUUUUGCGUCACAUCCACCUUUAUCGCGUACCCCGGACUUCCUGUCUACGCCAGCAGGGAUCUACAAAGCUGGAAACUCGCCAGCAACGCUUUCAAUCGCCCCACUCAAAUCCCCGAUCUCUGGAACACCACCGGCCAACAAGGUGGCAUUUACGCCCCAACCCUCCGCUACCGCCAUGGAACUUUCUACCUGAUCGUCUCCUUCCUCGGACCCGAGACCAAGGGCCUACUCUUCACCACCACAGAUCCAUACCGCGACUCCGCAUGGAGCGACCCCCUCGUGUUCGAGGUACAAGGCAUCGACCCGGAUAUUUUCUGGGACGACGACGGCACCGUCUACGUGACUUCGGCGAACAGCGGCGCCACCUCCGGGAACCAUAUUGUGCAGUACUCCCUCGACCUCAGCACCGGCGAGACCGGUCCCCUCCACUACCUCUGGAACGGCACCGGUGGCGCCAGUCCCGAAGGCCCUCACAUGUUCCGCAAAGAUGAUUACUACUACCUCAUGAUCGCCGAGGGCGGUACGGAACUCGGCCACUCCGAGAUGAUGGCUCGAUCGAGGAAUCGGACGGGACCGUGGGAGGCCUAUCCGCGGAACCCGCUGUUGACGAACCGCAACACGACGCAGUAUUUCCAGACCGUCGGGCAUGCCGACCUCUUCCAGGAUGGAAGCGGACACUGGUGGGCUGUGGCCCUGAGUACCCGGUCUGGACCGGCGUGGAAGAAUUAUCCCAUGGGACGAGAGACGGUUCUGGCGCCGGCGGUCUGGGAGGAGGGCGAGUGGCCGGCGAUUCAUCCGGUUCGGGGGGAGAUGCGUGGGCCCCUGCCGCCACGGGAUAGGAAUAUUUCCGUGGGCGAGGGGAGUUGGAUCGAUCAGCCUGAUCGGAUCGAUUUCAUCCCGGGCUCUUCGAUUCCCGCGCACUUUGUGUACUGGCGGUAUCCGAAUGUAGAUGACUUUGUGGUUUCGCCGCAGGGACAUCCGAAUACUCUCCAACUGACUCCGUCGUUUUAUAACCUGACAGGGACGGCAGCAUUCCAGCCGAAUGAUAGCCUGACGCUGAUCACGCGUCGACAGACCGACACCUUGUUCACGUAUAGCGUGGACAUAUCCUUUGAUCCCAAGACAGCCGACGAAGAAGCCGGCGUGACGGUGUUUCUGACCCAGGAUCAGCACAUCGACCUGGGCAUUGUCCUAUCCGAGAACCAGACCGACCGGGUAUUCAGAUUCCGUGCACAAGGCCAUGGUAACUACGACGGUCUUCUUCCUAAACAAACUAUUCCUGUCCCCACGACAUGGCAAUCCAUCCGGCUGGAGAUUCAAGCUGUCAACGACACAACAUAUGCCUUUGCAUCUGCCCCAUCUCAUAACCCCAAUCAGUGGAGUGUGAUCGGGUACGCAGAUACACGAAUUGUGAGUGGUGGGACGGGGCCAUUUACCGGCUCUCCUGUGGGUGCAUAUACGACGACCAACGGCGGGUCUGGCUCGACGCCCGCUUAUCUCAGUCGCUGGAGAUAUGAAGGACAGGGACAGAAGAUUGAUUAUGAUUGGAUCGUGCCGAGCGAUGUGGCGUAGGGCGCUGACACCUUAGGCAGUGACUGUCUUUAUGACUUUCUACUAUCUUUUCAAUAGCUGCUGCCUAACGUUUGAGAUAUUUGAUCAAGGAGU